UAGCAAAUAAAAAAAUUGGUCUUUGUUCUUCGUCCUUAUACUUGAAGGCUUUGAGGAUUGGGGACAUCCAGAAUUAGAAAGAAAUGGCGAAUGAGAAAGGAGGAGUAGAAAAACCCAGGAUAAUAUGGAACGAAAAUGAAGGGAGAUUCGAAAGUGAAGAUAAGAAAGCUUAUUUAGAGUAUCAUCUGAUCAACAAUGGCGAUUCUCAAAUAAUGGAUAUCCUUCACACCUUCGUUCCUCCUUCCAAAAGAGGCCUUGGUUUAGCUUCUCAUCUCUGCGUCGCCGCUUUCAACCAUGCUUCUUCCAACUCUUUCACCGUCAUUCCUUCUUGCUCCUAUGUCUCUGACACAUUUCUACCCAGGAACCCGUCGUGGACGUCGUUAGUGUACAAGGGAGAUGUUAAAUCUAGCAUGUGAACUUCUCAAAUUGAAGUACUAGCUGCUAUGUGCUGCUACUGUAUCAUGAUAUUGCAAUACUCCAUCCGUCUUUUUUAGUUACUACAUUUUACUAUUUAGAUAAAUCUCUUUUUAGUUGCUACAUUUGUUAAAUAUUUCUACUUUUAGUAUAUAAUAUCCACAUAUUAUUUACUUGUA